AUGGACAAUGUUGACUCCCUCAAGUCAGCCCUGAGGCAGAGAGCCAUGGCUGCGUCAUCAUCGAAGCAGCCACUCUCUGACGUACAAUAUAGCGAUGGAUUCGACAUCUUUCUACAGGGCACUGGUUGGACCAUUUAUCAAGACUUCAUUAUACCACAACUGGUGGAGCUUCUGACGCCUCUCUUCAACGCUCGCGCUCGCAUCUCGGUGCUAGAAAUUGGCCCUGGGCCAAAGAGUGUUCUUGGUUAUCUUCCCUGCAGUCUAAAGCGGAAAAUUAGAAGAUUUGCCGCAUUUGAACCUAACAUUCUCUUUGCCAACGCGUUGGAAAAAUGGUUCUCACCUGGAUUCGCAUCGGACCCGCCAUUUCCCUGCCUGGAUGACCUGCCCGAUAUCCGCCGAGCGCCAUUUAUCCUUCAUGACGACGUAGACAGCAAUGCAGCAAAGGGCGCGCACGACAAUGACGAGAAGUACGACGUGAUUCUGUUCUGCCACAGCAUGUACGGCCUGAAUCCCAAAACUAAAUACAUUGAGCGAGCGCUGGAUAUGCUUGUUAAUCAGCCCGAAGGGGGAAUGGUAAUAGUUUUCCAUCGCGACGGACAGCCAAAGUUUGAUGGAUUAGCAUCCCAUCGAACGGCUUGUUUUCCUACCGGAGCAAUUUGCGUACCGAAUGAUGACAAUAUCUUGGACUGUUUUGCUUCAUUCGUUGCAGGAUAUGUCUUGCACGAAAGGGAUGCAGAUACUACCAUUCGAGUUGGUUGGCGUGAUACAUGCCGACGGUUGAGUCGACGAGCAGACCCCAAGGCGAAACACCUCAUUUUCGGCUCACCAACCUUGAUGAUCGCCUUUAACAAUCACUCAACUGCUGUACGGGAACUGGCGACGUAUGUUCCACUAUCGGAUUUGACCAUGCCGAUUAAGAAUUGGGAGGCCCGCUUUCAUCGGCCCGCAUCAGUCGUUAGGCCGACAGAGAUCCAACAAGUACAGACCUGCGUUCAGUGGGCUAUCCAACAUAAGACCGGUCUCACUGUCAUUGGAGGGGGCCACAGUGGUCACUGCCUAUGGCCCCAUAUUGUUGCAAUUGAUAUGAGUGUAUUCGACGAGAUUCACAUUUGUCGGGCAGGGGAUGGGGAAGCGGGAUCCAGUCUCGAUUGUCAGCCGCUGAUCGUCGCGGGAGCUGGGUGCAAAACAGGGGAUAUCAUUCGCCAAGCUAUGGCAGCUGGUGUAACCGUGCCUUUGGGUGCCCGUCCCAGUGUAGGUGCGGGCAUGUGGAUACAGGGAGGACUUGGACAUUUGACUAGGUUGUACGGACUCACAUGCGACGCUAUCGUUGGAGCCAUUGUUGUCGGCGUUGAUUCUGGCCGGGUCCUUUGUGUCGGCGAUGUACCAGCACAACAUCGUCCGGAGGGUGCUGUCCGCCCGGAAAAUGAAAUAGAGCUCUUAUGGGCACUCAGAGGCGCUGGCACGAACGUUGGAAUUGUCAUUAGCUUGACGUUCAAGACAUUUCCUGUUCCGACCUACCGGGUCCGAACCUGGGAUUUCCCGCUUGAAGAUGGAAAUGAUGCACGACUAAAGCUCCAAAACUUUGGGGAGGCCUUUGCCAGUUGUCUCCCAACAAAUUGUUCUGCGGAUGCAUAUCUGUAUUGGCAAAUGGACCAGAUUUAUCUGGGGGUGACCAUAUUCGAAACUUCGACGUCCGGUGACAGCUUACGAACCUUUCCGUCGAUGCCUGGUACAAUGGAAAUGAUGUUGGGGCCAGAGGAAAGUUCGAAAUCCAUGAACAGCUUAGAAUUGUUUGAGGCCGAGAUGUACAUGUCCAGAAUGCACGGCGGACACGGCGGCGGCAAGACCUCUUCGUUCAAGCGAUGUCUAUUUUUGGAAGGUAUGGGAGCGCAAAACAUCACGGAGAUUUUGGUGAAGGCCAUCGAGGAUCGCCCAUCGCCGCUCUGUUACAUUCACCUACUUCAUGGUGGUGGUGCAGCCAGUGACGUGGCAAUUGAUAGCACAGCUUUCGGUUGUCGAGACUGGGAAUAUGCCUGUAUCAUAACAGGUGUGUGGCUUCGCGACCACGAUGGCAGCGAGAUCGCCCGCGAUGUCGUGGAGUGGGUAUACCACGUCGUCGACAAUCUGCUGCCCUUGAGCCGUGGAGUCUAUGGGGCAGACCUGGGACCUGACCCUAGAGAUUUGGUACUCUCGUCUCGGGCAUUUGGGUCAAAUCGACGGCGCUUAGCCUACCUCAAACAAGCAGCGGAUCCGUACAAUGUCCUGAGUUAUGUAUGCCCGUUACCAAAGGCUGAGACAGUAAAGAAGCUCGUCAUUCUCAUUACCGGUGAACAUGGCGCUGGAAAAGACUAUUGUGCAGAUGCUUGGGUUUCUUCAUUUGCAGAGAGACUUCCAUGUGGACUCAUGGCAAGAGCAAUCAGCAUUAGUGAUGCGACCAAACGUGAGUAUGCAGCAGCUGUUGGUGCUGACCUGGGCCGUCUACUUCGGGACCGUACUUACAAAGAGCGUCAUCGAUCAGCGUUGACAGAAUUUUUCCAUGAUAAAGUCCGACAAAGACCGCAGCUUCCAGAGGAGCAUUUCCUGGAUGUGGUUCACGAUGCCGUGGACGCCGACGUGUUGUUGAUUACGGGAAUGACAGAUGAGGCCCCAGUCGCAAUGGUCUCGCAUUUAGUGCCUGCCACUCGAGUCAUUGAGGUUUACGUCAGGGCAUCAAAUGAAACUAGAAACGCUCGUCGAGGCUGCAGCACCACCGACAGUGGUGGCUGCAGCAUCACAGCUCAGGGCCACUUCCAGGGAUUCGCAAGCCUGGUUUCGAACCACACGCCCACCUUUUUCUUCGACAACGAUGAGACAGGAGACAAACGGGUGAAGCAUUUUGCCGAGAAGUACCUCCUCCCGCUCAUCAGCGAAGACAUUGAACGACUCGCCCAAAUGGUGGGUUUGGUGCACGACUUUCCGCGGCCGAGAGUCGAUUUCCGCCACGUCUUGAACAUUUCCCAGCAACCAGGCGGGCUAGAGUUAUGCACGUCUUUGUUGCACCUUCAGCUCCCAGAUCAAUGGCCCAAAAUCGACACUAUAGUUUGUUGUGAGGCUGGUGGAUUUGUAUUUGCUUCAGCACUUGCCUCGCGAGUAGGUGUACCGUUGGCCUUGAUCCGAGAAGCGGGCAAACUACCGCCGCCAAUUAUUUCUGUCCCCAGAUCCGCAUCACAUAUAUCUUCCCCUACUCCUAUGUCCGAACCCAAAGAGAGGCAUAUCGAAAUUGGCUUGGAUGUGAUCCCGCCGGGGGCGUCAGUUGUGGUUAUAGAUGACGUACUCGCCACGGCAAACACAAUGCUCGCAGUCCUACAACUUCUUAGCAAGACCAAAGCAUGUGCUGAUGUCAAAGUGCUUGUGGUCGCCGAAUUCCCCAUCCACCGUGGGCGUGAAUUGUUGAGGCAGCACGGCUAUGGUGGAGUUAGUAUACAGAGCCUCCUGGUUUUCGAUGGCGCAUAA